AUGGAAAAAACCAAUACUAUUGAGGAAUUUUUGACCAGAUCAGAAUUGAGCCAACAUGAUGAAGGGGAUUGUUUGCCAUCAGAAUUCGAGCCUCAAUUACCGGCACAGGUUAAAUUAGAUGACAGACCACUUGGUACAGGACAACUACUGAACUGUUGGGAAAUGUUAUCUAUUCAUGAUCAGGUCAAUUUUCAGAAACAAUAUGGGGACUUGGCACAUUUACUGAAAAUUAGGGUCCAACAUGCCUGUUUUCAAGCCAUGAUAGGUUUUUGGGAUCCAGAAUAUCGGUGUUUCACUUUUGAUACUGUGGAUAUGACUCCUACUAUCGAGGAGUAUGGAUCUUUGCUAAAUUGUCCCAAGUCAGAAAAGGUGUACUUUUACACACCUAUAGAGCAUGCACUUUCUAACUUUGCUUGGAUUACCCAGAUAGACUGUCAACUAGCAAAAUCACAUGCAACUAAACGAGGAAACAACCAGGGUUGGUUUUGGAAUGAGCUAGAAGCCAUAUUCAAGAGGAGACUACAUGAUGAAAGCAAUGAAAUUCGAUUGAGAAUUUUGGCGUUGGGCAUAUAUGGUUUGGUUCUUUUCCCAUCUGCCGAGGGAAUGAUCGAUUUUGAGGCUGUUAAUGUAUUUAAAAAUGUGGUGACCCUCAAAAUUAAUCCUGCUACAGCAAUAUUGGCAGAAACUCUCUCAUCUUUGAAUUAUUGUAGAAAAGCCGGAAAAGGUCGUUUAAGAUGUUGCUUGCAGCUUUUGUUUGUUUGGACUGUGAGUCACAUGAUUGAGGGGAAGAUCUCAGGUUUGGUUGGUACCCCAUGGCAUCUUUAUUCUAAAUUGGAGAAUUUUGCUGAAAAACAUUUGCAUGAAGUAGGAAGAACUACAUGGGAAUCAAUGUUUCUGAGUUUGAGUAAAUCUCAAUUUCAUUGGAGGAGUCGAUAUUCUUACUUCAAAUCUUAUCUAGCAUAUUGUGGUGAGUACCCAUGGGUCCCGUUGAUAGGAGCCCGCUGCUGUAUUAGUUAUUGUCCUAACAUGGUUUUACGACAGUUUGGAUUUGAGCAGUUUAUUCCAAGAACUACCGAGCUGGCAACAUUCUAUGAAGAUUUCAAGACCUCAAAGAAAUUAUUAGAGUCAGUGAAAAAGGCAUGGAAGCAUCCUGGUAGGGUUACUUCUGUUAAUAGGGUAGAAGGAAAAACAACUAAAGGAUAUCCAAUAUGGCAGAAGAAGAGAGGGAAAGGGUACAAAGUUCCUCCAUUUGAAGGGCCAUCUAGGUCUGUGAUUCAGUCUGCUGAAGACAUACAUGAAGAGGUUCGUGCUCAACAAGAAUCUUACAACCUAGAUUUGAAUUCUGAAGUAGAAGAGUUAACGGCUAAAAAAAGAAAGUUAGCAUCUAAUCUAGCCAUCCGAGAAAAAGCAUUGGCUAUCACGAAACAGGAAAAGGAUGACUUGUCAACUCAGCUACAACAUCAACAACUUGAGUUCCAGCGACUACAAGAAAAAUAUGCACUUCUGUCAGAAGAUAAGAGGAAGCAAGAUGUCAACGUGAAGAGAUGCGUUAAAAGAGCAUCAAAAUCUGAGGAAAUAGCAUUAAAGUUGGAAGAGGCAAAUAAAUCACUUCAGGAACAGUGUCAAAAUCAAGAUGCAGUGAUUGCCAAUUUAGAUGAGCAGGUGAACCAUUUGCUUUCCAUUAAGCAAACCUUAUCAUCAGAAAAAGAAAAUGCAGAAAAAGAAGCAGAAUGUUGGGCUUCUGAAGCUAUGCGCUAUCAUGUACAAGCAGAUGAUGCCAAGAAUUAUGCUUCAGGAUUAAGAAGCAUGGCCCAACAAAUAGCAGAUGGUGAACCAAUGACUAGAAAUGAAUUCCAUCAGUUUUUUGGGCUAAUCAGAGAUGGGAUUAAUGAGAUAGCAGCAUAUGACGGCCCAAGUCUACUCGAGCAGGCCCUAGUAUCCAAGUCUGGAGAAGAUACCUCUACUCAGCCAACGGUUGCAACUCCAGCUAUAUCUACUCCAGUAGCUCCUUUCGUGUUCACUUCCCAAAAUCUAGGAGCAAAUCCUUCUUCAUCUGAACAGCAGUUCACUGCCAAUGUUCCACCAGCACAAGUGCCGAUCAUAAACUUGACAGCUGAUGACUCACAUAAGAUGAGAUACUCUAAACCUGUUGAUUAUGACAAACUGACCGCUCUAGAAGAAAGAUUGAGAGCAGUCGAAGGGGCAGACUUAUAUGAUCCUGUUCAUGCUGCAGAGAUGUGUUUAGUCCCAAAUGUAGCUAUACCCAAAGAAUUUAGGGUACCAGAAUUUAUCAAGAUAGAACAAGCAAUAAGAAUGGGGAGAAUGUUAGAGCCUACUGAGAAGAAAGGCUUUAUCGGGAAAAAGAAGGAGCCUGAGGUGAACAAUAUGGAAGGAGGGUACAAGGGUAAGAAGAAAAAUUACCAUCACUAUAACUUCCAAAUACCUACCCAACAAGUUGCAAAUUUGUUGAGUAUUGGGCAAGUGGCCCCUGUUCCUUUAACCCCACUACAACCUCCAUACCCAAAUUGGUAUAAGCCUGAUAUGACAUGUGAAUAUCAUGCUGGCAUUGCUGGGCAUAACAUUGAAAGCUGCAAUGCAUUCAAAAACAAGCUCCUUCAAUUGAUAAAAGCUGGAUGGAUAACUUUUGAUGAUGCACCGAAUAUGAAUUCCAACCCUUUACCCAAUCAUGCUACAAGUAGUGGAGGGGUGAAUGCUAUCGGAGUAGAAGGUAAGAAGGAAAGAACUUUGAAGGUUUCCAUGGAAAAACUGUACGGUAUGAUGGUACAGUCUGGAUAUUUAUCCGAGUUUGAACCAGUAAUGAAUGGAAAUAAUUACUGUAAGUUUCAUGCCAAGGUGGGACAUCACAUUGAUGAUUGCGAAGAAUUUCACCAAAGAGUGAAAAGGAUGUUGAUUUUCGGCAUGAUACGGAUAGAAAGUGAAGAAGAAAGCAGUGAAGUGGGGAUGAUAGGCGGCCAGGAGAAAAAAAGAGAGGUUUGUAGACUCCAACCAACUUUGGGUGGUCCGCCAAAACUAAUCCUAAUCAAGCCUGUAUGUACCAAUAAUGGAAGUUAUGGCACAAUGCCUUACAAUUAUGGGUAUGCUUUCAAUGUUAAAAAUCCUACUCCUGUCUUCCAUACAGAAAUCGGUGGUUUAACUCGAAGUGGUCGAUGUUUUACACCAGAAGAAUUAGAGAGGCAGAGGAAAGCUAAAGGAAAAGAAACAGUUGAGGCUUUUAAAGAUAUGGAAGUGAACAAACCCAUAAGUGAAGAGGAGUCUAAUGAAUUUCUGAAGUUGAUAAAGCAUAGUGAGUAUAGUAUAGUAGAUCAGUUGAAGAAAACUCCUGCUAGAAUCUCUUUAAUGUCACUUAUCUUGAGUUCUGAGUUACACCGUAAAGCGUUGCAAAAGGUGUUGAAUGAAGCAUAUGUGCCACAGGAUAUUACUCAGGAUACAAUGGAGCAUUUGGUGGGAAGAAUUCAAGCCUCUAAUUACUUAUAUUUUACUGAAGAUGAGCUAGACCCGGAAGGGACUGGGCAUAACAAGCCCUUCUUUGAAUGUGCUACCAAGGUAUAUGUGGCGGUCCCUUAUAUUGAAGCAGAAGAUUGCAAAGAUGGAGAUCUCCAUGCCUUCGAGAUUGUGAACACCGAAUGGGUACCGGAGAAUACUGUGUUAAGAAGACCAGCUAUUUCUAGUACUGCUAGAAUGAUAGCUAAAUGCUUUUUAAAACAUGGGCUGCCAUUCCAGAAUGAUCUAAUUGCUGGAAAUAGUAAAAGAGUUAACAUGAUGAAAAUUAAGACCGUUGAUCAGAGGUUUGGGCUUGGCUUCAAGCCUAAGAAAGAUGAUCAUAAGAGAGCUGCUAGGAUAAAGCGAGAGAGAAGGUUGGCCAGAAUAGAAGGAAGAAAGCCAGAGGAAGAAGACAUUGCAAUCCCACCUAUCCAUGUUUCUUUUCCAAAGUCAGCAUAUGUGAUGAAACCUGAAAACAUGAUGGAAGUCUUGGGACAGAAACUUGCUGUCAUGGAUAUCAACAAUGUAGAAGAAGGUAAAGAGAAAGGCUGGAACUGUGAUGAUGAGCCAAUAAUAAUAAAAGAAGAUGAAUUGUUACCACAGUUAACUGUCCAUGCUCUAGAAGAAGCUCCAACCAACGCUUUUGUGCGAAAGCUUUCAGUUGAAGAAGUAUUCCAGAAUUGGGAGAUUGAAGAAGCCCCAAUUUCAGAGCAUGCUUGGAAACCUGCGAAGGAAGAACUAGAGGUGAUAAAUGUAGGCACCGAGCAAGAUAAAAGAGAGUUAAAGAUUGGAACUCUGAUCACUACAGAAGAAAGAUGCAGUUUAACCUCAUUACUACAAGAGUAUAUCGAUGUGUUUGCCUGGUCUUAUACAGAUAUGCCUGGUUUAGACAUUGAUAUUGUAGUACACAGAUUACCUUUGAUAGAAGGAUGUAAACCUGUUAAGCAGAAAUUAAGAAGAACUCGCCCAGAUAUUGUGCUCAAAGUCAAGGCAGAGAUAGAGAAGCAGUGGGAUGCCGGUUUUCUAGAAGUUAUUAAAUACCCUCAAUGGGUAUCUAAUAUAGUGAUGGUACCAAAAAAAGAUAACAAAAUCAGAGUAUGUGUAGAUUUCAGGGAUCUAAACAAAGCCAGUCCGAAGGAUGAUUUUCCUUUGCCUCACAUAGAUGUCUUGGUAGACAAUGCUGCUAGGAGUUCAACUUACUCCUUUAUGGAUGGAUUUUCUGGUUAUAACCAGAUUAAAAUGGCUGAAGAGGAUAAAGAGAAGACCACUUUUGUCACACCAUGGGGAACAUUCUGCUACAAAGUGAUGCCAUUUGGGUUGAAGAAUGCUGGAGCCACGUAUCAAAGGGCAAUAGUGACACUUUUCCAUGAUAUGAUGCAUAAAGAGAUUGAAGUGUAUGUGGAUGAUAUGAUUGCCAAGUCUAAGAAUGAAGAAGAUCAUGUUCAGGUUCUAAGAAAAUUAUUUGAAAGACUAAGAAAGUAUCAGUUGAAGCUGAAUCCUUCAAAAUGCUCGUUUGGGGUAAAGUCUGGAAAGUUGCUAGGAUUUGUGAUAAGCAAUAAAGGAAUAGAGGUCGAUCCUGAUAAAGUGAAAGCAAUUCAGGCUAUGACGGUUCCUAAGACCGAGAAAGAAGUAAGAGGUUUCUUAGGACGUUUGAAUUACAUUGCUCGAUUCAUAUCUCAGUUAACAACAACAUGUGAGCCAAUUUUUCGAUUACUUCGGAAAAAGAACCCUGGUAUAUGGGACAAAGAUUGUCAAGAGGCUUUUGAUAAAAUAAAGCAAUACUUACAGAAUCCACCUUUACUCGUGCCCCCUGUGCCUGGAAGACCUUUGAUCUUGUAUUUGACAGUAACUGAGGUAGCAAUGGGCUGUGUGUUGGGACAACAUGAUGAGUCUGGAAGAAAGGAGCAAGCUAUCUAUUAUCUGAGUAAGAAGUUUACAGAUUGUGAAUCCAGAUAUACUGUGACUGAGAAGCUAUGUUGUGCUCUUGUAUGGAGUACGAAGCGUCUUCGACAAUAUAUGUUGUAUUAUACCACCUGGUUGAUCUCAAAAAUGGAUCCUCUUAAAUACAUCUUUGAGAAACCCUACUUGUCAAGUCGAAUAGCAAGAUGGCAAGUGAUGUUGGCUGAGUAUGACAUUGUAUACAAGACAAGAAAAUCUGUAAAAGGAAGUGUAAUUGUUGAUCAUCUAGCAGAUAAUGCUAUCAAUGACUAUGAGCCUUUGAAAUUUGACUUCCCGGAUGAGGAUGUGUUGAUAGUAGAAGAGGACAAGGAAAAGAAUGAUUGGUGGAUCAUGUAUUUUGAUGGGGCAGUGAAUGUUUCUGGUAAUGGAGCAGGCGCUGUGAUAAUCUCACCUGACAAGAAGCAAUAUCCCGUCUCAGUCAAACUACAAUUUGAAUGCACUAACAAUACUGCUGAAUAUGAGGCUUGUAUCCUUGGAUUAGAAGCUGCUUUGGAGAUGAAAAUAAAGAAGCUUGAUGUCUAUGGGGAUUCAAUGUUAAUAAUCUGUCAAGUGAAAGGUGAAUGGCAGACCAAGGAGGAAAAAUUGAUACCAUAUCAACAAUAUCUCUCGAAACUGACUGAGGGCUUUGAUGAGAUAGAUUUUACCCACAUGGGAAGAGACAAAAACCAGUUUGCUGAUGCUUUGGCAACCUUAGCUUCUAUGGCCAAAACUGAUUACGGAGUAAGAGUACAACCAAUCUGCAUUGAGAUUAGAAAUUUUCCAGCUCAUUGUUGUUCAGUUGAAGGAGAAAUAGAUGGGAACCCAUGGUUUUAUGACAUCAAGCAGUUUAUCCAAUAUCAAGAGUAUCCCUUGGGGGCAUCCAAAGCAGAUAUGAAGACCUUGAGAAGGUUAGCUCUAGAAUUUUACCUGGAUGGAGAAAUUCUAUACAAAAGGUCAUUCAAUUUCAAUGGGACUUUACUAAGAUGUUUAGAUGAAAUCGAAGCUAAGGUAGCAUUGCAAGAAAUUCAUGAAGGAAUUUGUGCAACUCAUGCAAGUGGG